AUGCAAAUUCAUCAAUUAUUUCUUCUUCCACAACAUUUUUCAUUUUCUUCCUUUCAUUCCCUUCUUCAUCUUCCCCACUCCUUCCUCUUUUCCUCUCUUCACUCUUUUCCUCAUUGUCAUCCUUCUCUCCUACUACUACUUCCUUUCCUUUACCUUCUUCCCUAACCUCUUCCACUUCCCCAUCUCCCUCCACUUCCUCAACACCUUCCAUUCCCUCCUCUUCCUUCCCUUCACUACAAAUACCUUCUUCCAACUCUUCUUCAUCAAAAUUUAUUUCCUCAUCUUCUUCCAUUACCUCAUCAUUUCCUUCUUCACCAAUUUCUUCAUCAGACUUUUUUACCUUCAUUUUUUCUUCAAAUUCUUCUUCU